AGACAUCUAUUCAUUUCAUUAGUCUGUAUUCCAUUAUAAUCAAAUACAUGUGAGUUAGUGGGUGGGAAAAACAAUAUGAGUAUAUCAUUUAAUCAUGCCUUCAUGUGUUACAAGCAAUAUUUCUUUAAACUGUAGUCUUUGAUCUAUUUUUUGAAUCAUUCGCCGUUAGUAGUAAGACGGGUUGCAAUCCCCCUCAACGCCAAUUCUUCAACAAUUCGACUUUAUUCUGAUUGGACCAUAUCCGGCUGUUAUGUUCCGCUCUUUCUGACGCUGACGGGCAACCGCGGGCGUACUUUCAAGUCAUUGCUCAAUUCCUAACUAGUUUUAUCAUAGUGGAAAGUUAAUUAAAAUGCUCGAAUUUACGCGAACGUUUGGGUGAAGAUGAAGAAAUGUAUUUCUUGAAACUGCUCGGGACUGUUCUCGCUGUUUUCUGCCAUUCAGGAUCUACUCAAUCUAAACUGAACGGCCAGAGAAUCUGCCGGCGUGGCACGGAGCGACCCUGCUACAGGAUCAACUACUUCCAGGACCCACAGGGGAGGCUGAGCUUCCAUGAUGCCAGACAGGCCUGCAGGAUGGAUGGUGGGGAGCUUCUUAGCAUAGAGACGGACAAUGAGCAGCGCCUGGUCGAGAGGUUCAUCCAACAGUUGCAGGCCACUGAUGGGGACUUCUGGAUAGGGCUGCGUAGAAGCCCACAUCACAGAGUGACCACCACUGGCUGUCCAUCCCAGUACUACUGGCUGGACGGCAGCAAGGCCAGAUUCAGGAACUGGCACUGGGACGAGCCGUCGUGCGGCAAUGAGAUGUGUGUGGUCCUGUAUCACCAGCCCACCGCCCCAGCCGAUGAAGGGGGGCGCUUCAUGUUCCAGUGGAACGACAACAACUGCGACUCCAGUAACAAUUUCGUCUGCAAGUACUCCGAAGGUGAACAGUACACUGGACAAGAAACGGUGCCGAUGUUCACUGUGGAGUGGAAUUCGCUGUCCACAGUUGCCCCAAUUAUAUCUCUGAGGCCAAAACUACCAUCAGUUACAGUGAAUGACGGGAAAGCAAAAAUAGGACUGUCUGAAUCGUCAGUUUCUUUUUCAGACAAUGCUGUGUAUCUUUCCUACAUUCUCUUCUCCACUAUACCUAUUCUACUUGUCCUGCUGGUGGCGACAGGGGUCUUCUGCUAUAAGCGGGCAGCGAAGAGGAGAAAGCCUCAGACAGACAUCCACCCCAAGCAAGAGCAAUGGGGUACAAUGUCCACAGCGGCUUGUGACAUCCAAGGACCCUAUGCCUACAAUGACAUCACCAAACUUCAACCAGCUGAUCUGGAGAGCAUGGCACCAGAAUCAAUCAAGAAAAUCUCCUUCUGUGUCUCCUCGUUUGACACCCUGUGUGACGAUUAUGAGAACGUUUCAAACAAAGAGACCGUGACAGAGAGUGGCUUUGUGACCAAUGACAUCUAUGAGACCUGCCGAGACCACUGUCACCACGAGACCGGAUGGGUGGAGAAUGAGAUCUAUGGGUAAUUUGACUGUCCUGCAGUGCCCUUGUUUUCACCACAUGUCCACUGGGCCAUCUGGGCCUCUGACUGGCUGACAUUUGCCUCCAUUAAUCUAUCAUAUCUCUUGCUGGUGGGUUGCAUUGCAUCAUAUGACGCAAGACAGGACAAACAGAUCCUGUGAAGUGUUACAGCUUCCUCUUUAGGGUAAGCCCACUCAUCGUACAAAGUAGCCCGCAGUGUCACCCGUAUUCCAAGCUUCCUGUGUGGAAGCUGAAUUCAGGGAACAGGACAAUAUCUUUGGGAGCUCCGCUGACAGAUUUCUGACCCCACAGUACCUCUGAGCAAUGCUCCCCGUCUGCCGGGAAAGCUGUUCCUCCUAAUAAUGUUUACCGAAGCCCCCACUGUUAUGACACCAUUUUGAGCUGGCUGGAUUCUUUCAUGUGCCUUGUUUUCGAGGCUGCACCGAAGUCCUGGUUGAAUAACAGUGUGUAGCAUUUGUUCGUUUGCCUAACUGUCCUAUUCUCAUAAAGUUGUAUUUAUCAUAAUGUUAUAAACAAAAUCCCCAAAAAGGUAUGUUUUGCGUGCAUGGUAGAUUCAAGUGGGGCUGACUAGAGUGUUGUGGAAAAGUAGUCUAACGAGCUAAAUCUGAGUGUUCUUGGAGGAUGUCAAACAGGAAAUGCCAAAAGCACAUCUGGAACUUGCACAUCCAGGAAAUCUAGCAGUGACAGCAGAGGCCUUCAGGGUGCUGCACUCAACAGUUUUCCAUGUCAGCCUGUCACGAGAGAGGUUAAUUAACAAAACAUGUACUUGCUGGACUUGCAUAUGUGAGAUAUUUCAAAUAUGGCACACCGCUCUGGCUGCAAAUAUAGCCUAUGAAACGUCA